CAUGACACGGCUUGAACUCGAACAAGCUUCCCAUUCAGGCCGUUUCCACGCCGUUCUUUCAUUUUCUUCGUUACCUUCAGACAUAUCCCCACAUACUCACACUGCAAUGGCUGACGAAAAGCAGAAGCACCUCGUUUUCUCCAUCCUCGAGUUCCUCCAGACCUCGCUCAACAACGGCACCAUCAAGCAGGAUGACUCUGAGGGCGUCGAAGUUGCCAUUCAGUGCAUCGGAGAGGCCUUUGGUGUCGACCUGAAUGACCCCGCCCAGGCACAGACAUACAGCACCAAACCCGCCACGUUGAUGUCUAUCUUUGAAGUCUUUGUGAACGCUCAGAAGAAACUUGGCAAUAAGAAUUCUGCCGCUACCCCUUCGACCUCCUCCACCUCUUCCACUCCUGCUUCGUCGGCCCCUGCUCCAAAGCCCACCGAGCCCACUGUUGAACAAAAGAAGAACGCCGAAGAAUUGAAGGUUGCCGGUAAUCGCAAGGUGAAUGAGAAGGACUAUGCUGAGGCCAUUCGCCUGUACAGUGAGGCCAUCGUCUUGAACCCUGUGAACGCCGUCUACUAUGCUAAUCGUGCGGCUGCGCACAGCCAGAUGGGUGACCACGAAAAUGCCAUCAAGGACUCUCUGAAGGCAGCUGAAGUCGAUCCCUCAUACAGCAAGGCGUAUAGCCGUCUCGGACACGCAUACUUCUCCGUUGGCAAGUACAAGGAAGCUGUCACUGCCUAUGAGAAGGGACUGGCCCUCGAACCCAAUAACGGAACCAUGAAGAGCUCGCUCGCUACUGCUCGCACCAAGGCCCGCGACAAUGACGUUGCACCCUCUGCCCGCGGCGGUGCUGCUGGUGCUGGCGCCGGCGGACUUCCCGCUGGAUUCCCUGACUUGAGUGCCUUGGGUGGUGGCGCUGGUGGCAUGCCCGACUUGGCUGGCUUGAUGGGUAACCCCGCAUUGAUGAACAUGGCACAGCAAAUGAUGCAAUCCGGAGCUUUGGACCAAUUGAUGAGCAACCCAGCUAUGCAGCAGAUGGCUCAGCGCAUGAUGUCUGGCGGCGGGCGCCCCAACAUUGAGGAAAUGAUGAGGGAUCCUCAGAUCGCCGAGGCGGCGCGCGGUUUGAUGGGCAACAUGGGCGGCGCUGGUGGUGUCCCCAAACCCCCUCAAGGAGAUGAUGAAAUGCUGUAAAUAUUGAACAUCAAUUUUUUUGUCGAUAAAGGCACGUCGAUAGUUCCGGUAGAUCUCAAACUGUCAGGAACAAUAAAACUGUAGACAUGGAAACGAA